CCGCCGCGCGGGUCCGUCCGGCAGCUCACGGGUUAAGGCUGGCACCGCGCCCGGCGGGAGGGGGGGCGCCCACCUCCCCUCCCUCCCUCCCCCGCCACGCGCGCUGGGCAUGCGGGGCCCGCUGGGCACCGAGGAGGAGCUGCCGCGGCUGUUCGCGGAGGAGAUGGAGAACGAGGAGGAGAUGUCAGAAGAAGACGAUGGCGGCCUUGAAGGCUUCGAGGAUUUCUUCCCUGCAGAGCCCGUGAGCCUUCCCAAGAAGAAGCCUAAGAAGCUGAAAGACAGCAAGCCCAAAGGGAAGCGGAAGAAGAAGGAGGGGAGCAAUGACGAGCUGUCGGAGAACGAGGAGGAUCUGGAAGAGAAGUCAGAGAGUGAAGGCAGCGAUUACUCCCCCACCAAGAAGAAGAAGAAGAAGCUGAGGGAGAAGAAGGAGAAGAAAGCCAAGCGGAAAAAGAGGGAUGAAGACGAGGAUGAUAACGACGACGGAUGUUUGAAGGAGCCCAAGUCCUCGGGGCAGCUCAUGGCGGAGUGGGGCCUUGAUGAUGUCGACUACCUGUUCUCAGAGGAAGACUACCACACGCUGACCAACUACAAGGCUUUCAGCCAGUUCCUCCGGCCGCUCAUUGCCAAGAAGAACCCGAAGAUCCCCAUGUCCAAAAUGAUGACUGUCUUGGGGGCCAAGUGGCGAGAAUUCAGCGCCAACAACCCAUUUAAGGGUAGCUCGGCGGCAGCGGCCGCGGCAGCUGUGGCCGCCGCCGUGGAGACUGUGACCAUCGCUCCUCCACUGGCCGUCAGUCCCCAGCAGGUGCCCCAACCUCUGCCCAUCCGCAAGGCCAAGACCAAAGAGGGCAAGGGGCCCGGCGUGAGGAAGAAGAACAAAGGCGCCAAAGACUCCAAGAAAAAGGGGCGGGGCAAGCGAGUGGCGGCGGGGCUCAAGUUCCGCUUUGGUGGGAUCAGCAAGAGGAAGAAGGGUUCCUCGAGCGAAGAGGAUGAGCGUGAGGAGUCAGAUUUGGACAAUGCCAGCAUCCACAGCUCUUCCGUGCGCUCAGAGUGCUCGGCAGCUCUGGGCAAGAAGAGCAAGAGGAGGCGCAAGAAGAGGAGGAUUGAUGACGGCGACGGCUAUGAGACAGACCACCAGGACUACUGUGAAGUGUGCCAGCAGGGCGGGGAGAUCAUUCUGUGUGACACGUGCCCGAGGGCCUACCACCUGGUCUGCCUGGACCCGGAGCUGGAGAAGGCUCCCGAGGGCAAGUGGAGCUGCCCACACUGUGAGAAGGAGGGGAUCCAGUGGGAGCCGAAGGACGAUGACGAGGAGGAGGAGGAAGGCGGCUGUGAGGAGGAGGAGGACGAUCACAUGGAGUUCUGCCGCGUGUGCAAGGACGGUGGCGAGCUCCUGUGCUGCGACGCCUGUCCCUCCUCCUACCAUCUGCACUGCCUCAACCCGCCGCUGCCCGAGAUCCCGAACGGUGAAUGGCUCUGCCCGCGCUGUACUUGUCCCCCGCUGAAGGGCAAAGUUCAGCGGAUCCUGCACUGGAGGUGGACCGAACCCCCAGCUCCCUUUAUGGUGGGGCUGCCAGGGCCGGAGGCGGAGCCAGGCAUGCCCCCACCCAAGCCUCUGGAGGGCAUCCCUGAGAGAGAGUUCUUUGUCAAGUGGGCUGGGCUCUCUUACUGGCACUGCUCCUGGGUGAAGGAGCUGCAGCUGGAGCUGUACCACACCGUGAUGUACCGCAACUAUCAAAGAAAGAAUGACAUGGACGAGCCGCCGCCCUUCGAUUACGGCUCCGGUGACGAGGACGGCAAGAGCGAGAAGCGGAAAAAUAAGGACCCUCUCUACGCCAAGAUGGAGGAGCGCUUCUACCGCUACGGCAUCAAGCCCGAGUGGAUGAUGGUCCACCGCAUCCUGAACCACAGCUUUGACAAGAAGGGGGACGUGCAUUACCUGAUCAAGUGGAAGGAUUUGCCCUAUGACCAGUGCACCUGGGAGAUUGACGACAUCGACAUCCCCUACUACGACAACCUGAAGCAGACCUACUGGGGCCACAGGGAGUUGAUGCUGGGAGAGGACGCCAGGAUUCCCAAGAGGCUGGUCAGGAAGGGCAAGAAGCUGAAGGACGACAAACAAGAAAAGCCACCGGACACGCCCACCGUGGAUCCCACAGUCAAGUUCGACAAGCAGCCGUGGUACAUCGACUCCACGGGAGGCACGCUGCACCCUUACCAACUGGAGGGCCUCAACUGGUUACGUUUCUCCUGGGCCCAGGGCACUGACACUAUCCUGGCUGACGAGAUGGGUUUGGGCAAGACGGUGCAGACCAUUGUGUUUCUCUAUUCCCUGUACAAGGAGGGCCACUCCAAGGGGCCUUACCUGGUUAGCGCGCCCCUGUCCACCAUCAUCAACUGGGAACGUGAGUUUGAGAUGUGGGCGCCUGACUUUUACGUGGUCACCUACACGGGGGACAAGGAGAGCCGCUCUGUGAUCCGUGAGAACGAGUUUUCCUUCGAGGACAACGCCAUUCGCGGCGGGAAGAAAGUAUUCCGCAUGAAGAAGGAAGUGCAGAUCAAAUUCCACGUGCUGCUCACCUCCUACGAGCUCAUCACCAUCGACCAAGCCAUCCUGGGCUCCAUAGAGUGGGCCUGCCUUGUGGUAGACGAGGCCCACCGCCUCAAGAACAGCCAGUCCAAGUUCUUUAGGGUCUUGAAUAGUUACAAGAUCGACUACAAGCUGCUGCUGACAGGGACCCCCCUGCAGAACAACCUGGAAGAGCUGUUCCAUCUCCUCAACUUCCUGACUCCAGAGAGGUUCAACAACCUGGAAGGCUUCCUGGAGGAGUUUGCUGACAUCUCCAAAGAAGACCAGAUCAAAAAACUGCACGACCUGCUGGGGCCGCACAUGCUCCGGCGGCUCAAGGCUGACGUGUUCAAGAACAUGCCGGCCAAGACCGAGCUGAUCGUGCGUGUGGAGCUGAGCCAGAUGCAGAAGAAGUACUACAAGUUCAUCCUCACACGGAACUUCGAGGCACUCAACUCCAAGGGUGGCGGCAACCAGGUGUCUCUGCUCAACAUCAUGAUGGACCUGAAGAAAUGCUGCAACCACCCGUACCUCUUCCCCGUGGCCGCCGUGGAGGCCCCCGUGUUGCCCAAUGGCUCCUACGACGGCAGCUCCCUGGUGAAGUCUUCGGGGAAGCUCAUGCUGCUGCAGAAGAUGCUCAAGAAGCUUCGGGAUGAAGGACAUCGCGUGCUCAUCUUCUCCCAGAUGACCAAGAUGUUGGACCUCUUGGAGGACUUCCUGGAAUACGAGGGCUACAAGUAUGAGCGGAUCGACGGCGGCAUCACUGGGGGACUCCGGCAAGAGGCCAUUGACAGAUUCAACGCUCCCGGGGCCCAGCAGUUCUGCUUCCUGCUCUCGACACGUGCCGGUGGCCUGGGCAUCAACCUGGCCACAGCAGACACAGUCAUCAUCUACGACUCGGACUGGAACCCACACAACGACAUCCAGGCCUUCAGCCGUGCUCACCGCAUCGGGCAGAACAAGAAGGUGAUGAUAUACCGCUUCGUGACGCGGGCCUCCGUGGAGGAGCGAAUCACUCAGGUGGCCAAGCGCAAGAUGAUGCUCACACACCUGGUGGUGCGGCCCGGCCUGGGCUCCAAGUCAGGCUCGAUGACCAAGCAGGAGCUUGACGACAUCCUCAAGUUUGGCACGGAGGAGCUCUUCAAGGACGAUGUGGAAGGCAUGAUGUCCCAGGGCCAGCGGCCUGCCACACCCAUCCCCGAUGUGCAGUCCUCCAAGGGCGGACCUCUGGCUGCCAGUGCGAAGAAAAAGCAUGGCGGUACCCCACCAGGUGACAACAAGGACGUGGAAGACAGCAGCGUGAUCCACUAUGAUGACGCGGCCAUAUCCAAGCUGCUGGAUCGGAACCAGGACGCCACGGAUGACACGGAGCUGCAGAACAUGAACGAGUACCUGAGCUCCUUCAAGGUGGCGCAGUACGUGGUCCGCGAGGAAGACGGCGUGGAGGAGGUGGAGCGGGAGGUAAUUAAGCAGGAGGAGAACGUGGAUCCUGACUACUGGGAGAAGCUCCUGCGCCACCACUACGAGCAGCAGCAGGAGGACCUGGCCCGCAACCUGGGCAAGGGGAAGCGCAUCCGAAAGCAAGUCAACUACAACGACGCCUCACAGGAGGACCAGGAGUGGCAGGAUGAGCUCUCAGACAACCAGUCCGAGUAUUCCAUCGGCUCCGAGGAUGAGGAUGAGGACUUUGAGGAGAGACCCGAAGGGCAGAGUGGACGGCGACAGUCUAGGAGGCAGCUGAAGAGUGACAGGGACAAGCCCCUGCCGCCUCUUCUGGCUCGAGUUGGGGGCAACAUUGAGGUGCUGGGCUUCAAUGCCAGGCAGAGGAAGGCUUUCUUGAAUGCCAUCAUGCGCUGGGGCAUGCCCCCCCAGGAUGCCUUCAACUCCCACUGGCUGGUGCGGGACCUUCGAGGGAAGAGUGAGAAGGAAUUUCGAGCCUAUGUGUCCCUCUUCAUGCGGCACCUGUGUGAGCCGGGGGCGGACGGCGCAGAGACCUUCGCAGACGGUGUACCCCGGGAGGGCCUGUCCAGGCAGCAUGUGCUCACGCGUAUCGGGGUCAUGUCGCUGGUUAGGAAGAAGGUCCAGGAGUUUGAGCACGUCAACGGGAAGUAUAGCACCCCAGACCUGGUCCCCGAGGGGCCCGAGGGCAAGAAGCCCUGUGAGGUGAUCUCCUCGGAUCCCAACACGCCCGUGCCUGCCAGCCCGGCGCAGCUCCCAGCAGCCCCACCGGGCCUACCAGACAAAAUGGAAACCCAGCUGGGCUAUAUGGACGAAAAGGAGUCAGGCGCGCAGAAGCCAAAGAAGCCCCAGGAAAUCCAGGCCCUGCCAACCGCCCCGGACAGAGCAGAGGGUGAAGACAUGCGUCAGAACUCAGACAGCGUGGACAGAGCUGGGGAGGAGAGGACGGAGGAGGCGGAGAAGGCCCUGGGCUCUCCAGAGCAGCCCCCGAAAGAGGAAGUGCUGCUGUCAGACAAGGAGCCGAUCCCUGACAAGCAGGAGCGGAGCCCGAGUCGCAGCAGCGAUUUCAGGCCAGAUGACUCCAAGGCUGAGGGGAAGGAGCCCGUGGAGACGCAGCAAAACGGCGACAGAGAGGAGGACGAGGAGGGGAAGAAGGAAGACAAGAGUGGGAAAUUCAAAUUCAUGUUCAACAUUGCCGACGGGGGCUUCACAGAACUUCACACGCUGUGGCAGAAUGAAGAACGGGCCGCUGUGUCCUCGGGAAAAAUCUACGAAAUCUGGCACCGCCGCCAUGACUACUGGCUGCUGGCAGGCAUCGUGACGCAUGGCUAUGCCCGCUGGCAGGACAUUCAGAACGACCCACGCUACACGAUCCUCAACGAGCCCUUUAAGUCUGAGAUCCACAAGGGCAACUACUUGGAAAUGAAGAACAAGUUUUUGGCCCGCAGGUUCAAGCUGCUGGAGCAGGCACUGGUGAUCGAGGAACAGCUCCGGAGGGCUGCGUACCUCAACAUGACCCAGGAUCCCAACCACCCAGCCAUGGCUCUCAACGCUCGCCUGGCAGAGGUGGAGUGCCUUGCUGAGAGUCACCAGCACCUGUCCAAGGAGUCCCUUGCCGGGAAUAAGCCUGCCAAUGCUGUCCUGCACAAGGUCCUGAACCAGCUGGAGGAGCUGCUGAGUGACAUGAAGGCGGACGUGACCCGCCUGCCCUCCAUGCUGUCACGCAUCCCCCCGGUGGCCGCCCGUCUGCAGAUGUCGGAGCGCAGCAUCCUGAGUCGCCUAACCAACCGUGCUGGCGACCCCACCAUCCAGCAGGGCUCUUUCGGCUCCUCUCAGAUGCUCAACAACAGCUUUGGGCCCAACUUCCGGGGCCCUGGACCGGGAGGGAUUGUCAACUACAACCAGAUGCCCCUGGGGCCCUAUGUGACUGACAUCUAGUCGUCCUCGUGACAUCCCCCUGUUGCAGCGCCCCUUUCCAGCUGAGCCGGGCCACCUGCCCAACCCCCACGGGAGAGAAAAGCUACAGCCCUUUUAGGAGCUGGCGCCGUGUUGGGAUACAAAAGGGAAACCAAGCAAUUCUGUCAUGCAGAGGACGAGGCCCAGCCUGGCUGCACAAAAGCCCAGGAAUGCCACCUCAUCAUAGCUGAAGCGUUCUUCCGCACGGCCGUGCCGGCAAGGCCCCGGCACCUUAUCCAGAGUGACUUACUUAGAGGAAAUCCCAUUCACCUGUACUUUUUUUUGCACUUUCCUACCGAAGAUGCGAACUUGUUUGUCUUGAUAAAAAGUUGGAUGACUCGUGUGGAAGACUCAGACUCGCAACACUCCUGUCGGUCACCCGGCUCCAGACCUCAAGGGGGACGUUCUCCGGAGGCCCCUGGCGCUGCUCUGUGGACUCGUUCCGGCUGGGGAGAACACUGCAUCCUGUGUUCUGGAAGCCCUUAGCGCGUCCCCUGCCCGUCUGCACCUGUGUGACUAACCUUCUGCUCUGGCUCCCCUGCCUGCUUGGGACCCUAGCGUUGGGAGGGGGAUCAGGUCUGGAGAGUGGCUGCCUAACCUGGUGAAGGCCGGGCUGAGGCUAUCUCCUUCUUAUUAGGGUUGGGGACCACCGGAUACAUUUCGUCUCCUGACAGGGGCACAUUAUCUCAAAGGCUCUGGGACCUGUUGUUUCCAGUGGACGUGUGGAGGCCCCAGCAAUAUGUGGCAGGCGGAAGAGGGUGCCUCAGAAGGUGGGGGAAGAUAGGGGCCCAAAGGUCCUACAGGGCCUUCUGGACAUUGACUCUUGGCAGGAGUGUGGUGUAGGCAGGGGGGCCGGCGCCCCAGGAAAGAGGGUCACGUUCGUUGAGGUGACCCUGGGAGACUUGUCCCACUCACCUUGCCACAGACUUCCCUGUGCACAACAUCCUGGGUCACAGAUGCCAAGGAGCCAGGCCCUCCUGGGGAUGGACUUAUCUCUGUUGUCUUGGUCCUAGAGAGGCCUUGACUAGGGCAACUGUGUCACGAAGUAGGGGCCACAGUGGCCCUUGCUGGUUCUCAGAGGGUGUGGAGAGAGCUGUGCUUGGAGGUGGACCUGGGCCCGAUGGCUUCUUUAGAUCCUUCCCAGCUGGAGCCUCCGAGGCUUCUGGGCUUCUUUCCUGCAGGGGUGCCUUGGAGUGGCAAGGACCCUCUUCCCGCAUUGGUGUUGACGUGUCAACUCAUCUGGCUUCACCUCAGCCUGUAGCACCACUGUGCUGGGGUACGGGUGGGGGGGACCUGCUCUUGGCCCACCUAUGUCUGACCUUCUCGCUGGCCCUGGCUCAACCUGGAGACGCCCAAGCUCUUGCCUUGGCACGUCCUAGGCAGGUGCCCUGGGGUUCGGUCUACCCUGAGGAUGAGGAAGGGGCUUCUGGGUAGGAGCCCAUUGGGUCUGAGGUCAGGGAGCGUGGAGGGGUUCCGACCGUCCUCCAGGGAAAAGAGGUGAGGGCUGUGCAGUGUCUCUGGGCCCGCCAAGAACGGGGCGGGGGGGGCAGGCGCCCAUGGCAUAUCUUAAGGACACUUGGGCAACAGUUGCCCAGCUUUUACUCGGCCCAGAUAUGCACAUCUGUAACAUAGUUCCUCCUCUGAACCCCCGGAGGGCUGGACCCCCCCAUGGCAUCUUCUAUUGUGGCAACCCCCAUGCUUCAGUCUGUAUCCAAAUCUCAAGGCCAGCGGACUGGCCGGACACUGUGGGUAGGCAGAGGGGGGGCUCUGGUCAUAGGGAGGAUCUCUGCAGGCUAAAGAGCGUGCCCGUAGGUCUCCAGGACGUGCAUCCUGGUGGCUGGCCCCAGUCUCUUAAGAAGGGCUGUCCCCUGCACGGGAGUGGCUGCCAUCAGCUUGUUUCCCCAACCCAGACCCCUGUGCUAAUCCCACUGGGCUGAGACAGUCAGCCCCGCUGGCCUCAUUUGGAACAGUGCUCACCUCCUUUGCCCCAGGUGGCAGACCCUGACAGUCUGGAGUGGGACAGAGACAGCCCUGUGACUCUGUUUCAAGGGUUCACCCUUUCCCUGACGAUGUCCCCCAGGAGUCCUUUGCUCUGUCCCUCAUCUCCACGUCUCCCUGGGCCACCUCGGCCUUCUCACCACAGCCACUUUGGCCCGAGACGGUCUGUGCUCCCCGUGCCCAGCGCUUGGGAGGCUUUGGAGGGUGGACUGCCCAGGCAGCUGGGGAGAGGAAAAAGGUCCUUCAGGGUGUUCUCAUCUUGGUCCCUCAGCUGUCUCCUGCCAGAGAGUGGUGGUGGGGAGGUGGCAUCGUGAGGCUGGCUCUCGUUUUGCUAAUGGAACCGGGGUCCCCAUGCCCAAGCUGUCAGAGCCACGCUGACCCGUUAGCAUUCACUCAGCUCUACGGGAUUUCUGUGGAAGGUGGGGGGUGGCUCUCAGGAGACACAGGGAAUUUGGGUCAGAGCCCCAACAUCUGAGGGCACCCCCCCUCACGCACUCCUGUGCAUGGCUGUGAAGUGCCUCCUCUACUUCCUGUACCCCAGGGCCACCCGUGAGCCAGGGCUCCCUUCUCCCCACCCUCUGGGUGCUCCCAAACCCAUAUAGGUUCGUAGGCUCAGUGACAACCUGCAACCAGUCACCUACGAAUUGAGGUCCUGCAGGGGACACGCCGAGGGUGGGCUAGGGGGCCAGCAGUCCUUGUAGUCUCAUAGUGGGCAGGUGUUGGUGCUUGGAGCUUCUGGUGUGUGCCAAGGAAGGGGGUUGGGGGCCUAGGCUGACCCUCCCUCCGCCUUCCCUGUCCUGGACUGCCCACAAGGCGCUCCUGCGCAGAGCAGAGCAUGGGGGAGGAAGCCGACCUGCCCAAUUUAUAUACCCGGAAGUUUACAGGUUGUGGUGCGUCAGCCCAAAGUCGUCGGUGUCCACGUGUUUAUGGAUAUUUUCCCUCUUAAUUUCCAGAUUUUUUUUUUAAAAAAACAAAGUAUUUUUUUAGGUGCGAUAACCCGGAAAGGGCCUGUUGGGUGUGUGUAUAUAUGUCCUGAACUCUCCACAUAGCCACACAGGGGCCAGAGCCCAGUUCAGAGGCAGUUCCGCUGGCCUGGAGAGGAGGGAGGGCCCCCUGCUGCCUGCCAGGGUCAAGCUGGACUCUCCAGGGAGUUCUCUUCCUGCCCAGGCCUGGCUGGCACCUGUCGCGCCGAUGCCCCACCCAGCACCCCCUGGUGAAGCAGAAGCAGGCACUUGGGGGUAGCUGGAGCAUCUCAGCCGGGGUCCCAGGGGCAUAUACCCCAGCUCCUCUGAGGGCCGUCCUGGGGGAGGCUGGACAGGCUAGCCAACUGUUAUCUUCACUCGUAUUCUGUGUGUAUGUUUUGGUUUCUGUGUUUUAAUAAACCCUUUGGGAAGGGA